AGCUCCUCAGGUGAGUUGAAUUUUGAACUGAUCAUCCGUGAGUUUAUUUUAAAUAAAAAUCGGGCUUCGACUACGGCCCCUCUCAUCCCACCCCCCCCUCGCACGAUACAGUUUAUUUUCAUUUAAUCAUUAACCCUCGAUUUGGUUAAACGACCCCCCUCAUAAACACGAUCAUCGUUUUAUUCGAAUUUAUUAUGGAGUUUAAACUCUACACGAACUCCGACACGCUCCUGAUCGAAACUUCCUCGUCGAGUUCAAAAGAGUCGUGGAAUUUGACUGGUAGCGGAAUCGUAAUGGAUAACGGAGACGAGUACUUCGGAUGGCCGAAUCCCUUGAAAAUCGACGAAGGGGAAACGGGUGGAGCAGUUGGUACCGGUAGUAAGGUGGUGGUGCCGAGGAAACGGAAGGCGUCGAGUGAACUGCAGGAGGAACACCACCAGAGGGCGAAACAACAGCAACAAAAUGGCGGCGGAUUUAAAUCGGUCAAGGAUCCGUUGGCGUUCGAGGAGAAAGUUGAGGCGGUCAAGAAGUCUCAAGCUCAAAAUGGAAAAGGUUCAACGAGAAUGCCUCAGUGGCAAGUGGAUGAUUAUGGAGAUAUUCAUCAGGAUAUUGACAGUUCUUUGAAUCUGGACUCGGAGUUGUCCGGUGGUGCGUAUACAAAUGAAACGAUAUUAGCCAUAAACGGUAUGACGGUGUUUAAGCAAGAAGCGCCUUCGCCUACCACCCUUAACGAUGUGGUGCACCUGCAAGUGGCCCACCACAAUCGGCAGAGUCCCACGUCGACCCAGCAGGGACCCAUGGUCAAUCCGAUAAAUAGCACCAUGGAGGAAAACAGCCAGAACGUGUUUAGCAACACGAUUAACCAGCUGCUAAACCAUAGCGCCCUUGCCGGUCUUCAAAGCGUUAUGGAUGGAAACAAUUUAACUACCUCUACAGACAACUACACAGUUUCCUCAACGAACUACAGUCUCCUGGAAGACUGUCGCUUUCAAUACGUCCUAGCGGCAGCCACCAGCAUAGCCACAAAGCAAAACGAGGACACCCUCACUUACCUAAACCAAGGACAAAGCUACGAAAUCAAAUUGAAAAAACUUGGUGAUUUGUCGAUGUAUAGAGGGAAACUGUUAAAGUCUGUGGUGAGGAUUUGUUUCCACGAACGACGCCUGCAAUACAUGGAAAAGGAGCAAAUGGAAUCGUGGCAGAAAGCGAGACCGGGCGAUCGGAUUUUGGAGGUCGACAUACCGCUGUCUUAUGGUGCCUUUGAUAUUUCUCAACCGUCAAGUGCCUUGAACGUUAUUAGUUUUGUUUGGGAUCCUACGAAAGAAGUUGGCGUUUAUAUUAAGGUUAACUGUAUAAGCACAGAAUUUACCCCGAAAAAACACGGCGGUGAAAAGGGAGUUCCAUUCCGGAUUCAGGUGGAAACUUAUCAAAACGGAGACGCUUUAACGUCGAACAAGCGAUUGCACGCGGCCGCCUGCCAAAUUAAAGUGUUCAAGUUAAAGGGAGCGGACAGGAAGCAUAAACAAGACAGAGAGAAGAUUAUGAAGAGACCGUUGGCGGAACAAGAAAAGUAUCAGCCCAGUUACGAUUGCACUGUGUUAAAUGAUAUCUCAAACGAUGCCGUUCUACAGACUCCACCGCUUCCAGCUGCUGUGCCAUAUAUACCAGGUGAUAGUUGUCCAGAAUUCCAAAAGGCAAGCCAAAAUAAUUGCCAAAACAAUGACGUCAGUCAGCACGCCCUCAUUCCGCAAAAAACCAUUCACAGCAAUCCGCAGAGUCCGGAAAAGCGAGACGAAUCGUCCCUGAAUAGCGAUAACGGAGUUGUUGAAUGUUUUACCAAUAACAACCAACUGACCCAGUUUUCCAAUCCCGACGAGACUGUCCACUGGCUCACCUCGAACCGAUUCGAAAAGUACCUGGACGUGUUCGCUCGUUUUUCGGGAUCGGAUAUGCUCCGCAUGUCCAGGGACGAUCUGAUCCAGAUCUGCGGACACGCUGAUGGAAUCCGUUUACAUAAUGCUUUACAUUUAAAGGCCAUAGCACCAAAACUGAAACUCUACAUAUGUCGUGAAAACACGUCGGUCUUCAACGCCAUCUUUCUCUCCUCACAUAACCAUCAAGAGCUGGUGCAAAAGUUGUGCGUCAUGUCCUCAAUGAAUCCGGAGCAAGUGAAAGCGACGUACAUCGAAGGACCGCACUCGAUCCACAUCCAGUUGAGCGACGACGUGUUGAGACACGUCGAGGAAGAAACGAUGUUCAGUUUAAACGUGGUGCACGAGAACGGAGGUUACGUUUUGCUCCUGAAGCGGAAAGUUAAGCAAUAGAGUUAGUAAUUUUACUAAAAGAGACUAAGGAUGUGGUUUUAAUGGUGUAAUGUAUAAAUACACGGCGAUUUUUUGAGGAUAUGACGGAUAAUUCUUGUAGAAAUUUUAAUUUUAAUAAAUGGCCAAUAGCUGAGUUUUCCGCGAAAAGUUCAAACAAGAAUCAAAAUCUCGUUUUGCUUAAGAGACAUUUGAAUCAAAUUCUUUGAAAUAGCGAUAUUUAUUUGCAUUCAGUUUUAUUUAUUCCGUUUUUAUAUAUUUAACAAUGUCCUAAUAUAUAUAUUGCUAAUUUUUAAUGUUGACAGGUAGUGUUUUAAAGCUAAUCAAGUGUUACUCGAUUAGCUUUAAAAUUAAGAACGUUUGGACCAGAUGUUUUACAAACCGGUAGGUGUCUUGCAAAAAAGGAUAAAUGAAAAUUAUUCCAAAAAAUUGCAUAUUCCAGUAAUAAUCCCAGAAAUUCAGCGUUAUAUCAAACUUAUUCGACUAUUAAAUGCUUUAUAGUUUACAGUUUUAUAGCUUGAUUUCUUUUUAAUUUUUGUGUGCAUACUGUUAUAACCUAAAAAAGCCGAGCACUAGAGUUUCGUAAUUUGACUAGGAGAGACUAAAUAAGAGUUUCAACGUUGCCAUGACUUGUGCCAUGUUUUUUGCAAAAAGUUUCUUCAAAUAUAAAAAAAUUGCACUUUUUCUUCGCCGACAUUUAUUCAGGUCUGGCAACCCUGCGGCGUUGUCAUUAGUUAAAAAAAAAAACAUAAAUGGAAAAUGUGUAGAAAUAUUGCACAGCGUGGCAACUUUGCAUCCGUAUCAACAUUACACCAAAAAGAUUCCACCAUUAGAGUUUUAUAUUUUGAACUAUGAAUAUUUUUUACAAUUUUGCGUACCUACAUGGCUCUAUAAAUGGGAAACUUUUUGUCAAGUAACAAUGAUUAAAGGUUUCCCAUUUAUAAGGAGUUUUCAUGAAUGUAACCCCAAUUGUUUGCAGAUUGAGUUAAAAAUCGCAACAAAGAGUAUUUUAGCGAAAAAAAAAUAGGUAGCCAGACCGCUAUGUAGUGAUAUGAUAGGCAAAAGCUUCAGUAUUUAUGAUAAGUUCGAUAAAAUUAUUUACGGUGAGACUACAUAUUUAGAAAUGUUAACGUAUAAACGUUUUAACGUUAAAGUUGUAUAACGUUUUAAAAGGGUGAUGUUUUUAAUGCAAUAAUUAAAACAUUUUCAAUUUAUUUGCCUUACUAGGACUAACGGUUGAAGAGCUUUCAAUAGAUGUUAGGAAAUACUGAAAGUUAUCCAUUUCAAGGAAAAACCUGACCAUUUUACCAUACAAUUUAUAUUAGUGUAUUAAUGCACUCACAGAAUGUAAUUUUUUGUUAUUUCAGGGCCUUUUUUGCCAGAUUUCAAAAAUUAAGGCAAAUUUACCCUUGUUGGAAACUACACAUUCGUAACGUUUGCGUACUUGGAAAUAGGGCUUAGAAAAUCUUGAAAAACAGUUUUAAGAUCAAAGGGGUUGGACUCGUACUUUAAUACACUAAUAUAAUUUUUGUGUAAAGUGCGGUACUACCCACCUUGAACUCCUUAAUAAAUAGCUUGAAAAACAAAAUCUAAACGGUUGGACUUAUGUUCUGUUACGUAUCAACGGAGAAUCCUAAGUUAUUUCCAUUAUAGAUGAAAGGCGUCUUGUCGGUUUCUGAAUAGGGGAGUCUAUUAAUAAAAUAUUUUUAUUACUAUGAGAAUUACGCAAAAAUAUGGAUCGCCCAUUUCAUCGUCAAAAAAUAUCGCUAUAUCGAUCCCAGUUAGCAAAGACAUUUGAAGAUGUCGUUACAAUUAGGUCAACAAAUAAUGUGACCAUUCUAAUGUGUCAAUUGGGCCUUAGGACAAAAUUCGUCAUAUUCAAUAUUUAAGGAGUACACACCACAGUAAAAAAGUACCUAAUCUUUUUAUAGGAUACAACUAUCAAGACAUUUCAUUACGUUCCUCACCAUUAGAGAGGAAUUUAUUAACUGAAGUUUUACAAAGCUGCCAAAAUGAUGCCUUUUCAUAGGUGUAAGUCAUUUUAAGUGAAUCAAGGAAUGUAGAGCAAUUUUGUGUGUUAUUUUUUAGUAAUUUUCUGAUUUAUUAAACGUUUUUAAAAUCGCUUUUAGUUUAUUCCAGGCGUUUGAACUAAAUUUUAAUUUCUUCCAGACAUUUGACGAGUUUUUUCGAAUGCUCGUUGUGUUCCAGGCAUAUGGACUAUUGGAGGUUUAUUCCAGGCAUUACAUUAUAUUUUUUUUGAUUGUUGGAAUGCAAACCUAAUGACGCAAUACGUUUGCGUCUUUGGACUCUUAAAGGAAUUUCUUUGAUAUUCCAGGCAUUCGGGGAUUUUUUUCGGCAUAAUCCAGACAUUCCUUUCAGGAUAUAUUUUAAAGGUUUCCUUAUAUGUUCCACACUUUUGGCGUAAUUCUCAAUGCAUGGAAUGAUAUUUACAAGAUAUAAGUACAUAAUGAAAGUGAGGUGUUCCAUAUUUAUUUUAACCUAGAAUAACUUCCAUACAAUUGGAGUAAAGCGCGGAGUUUUUACAAGAAAAUAACUUUUAUUCUAUUGCAUCGAUUUAUGUGAUUUACUUGAUGUGAAAUAUCCCUCAAAAAUUUCCUUUAACUGUUACUUUUUUUGUGUAGAAUUUGUACGUAUUAAUGCAUCGCCUUUGAGUCUUUCGAGAAAAUAUUUAUUUGGCCUUUAAAUGAUUUAAAAAGUGACAAAAAAACAGUUUUAUAGACACAACGCCUAAGAAGAGAAAAAAAAUUGUAAACAAUAUAAUUUUAAUUAAUACAAGGACUAUUUUUUAGUGUUUCUCUAUGUUGAACUAAAACUAUGUUCAGUAUGGUAGGUGGGGCCGAAGAAAAUCUCAGUAAAUAAAGCUACUCUUUAAAUGUCCCUCGUCUAUCAAAUAUCAAACUAAAAUUGUUCUAAUUAUUGCAUUAGGAAAAACUACCCUAAUCCUUGAUUUUAUAAAUCAACAUAUAUCUAAUAUGGCUUUUCCACUAUUUUAAAUUUAAGUGCUAUACGAGUUGGUUCUCGGUGAAUAUUUUUAGGCAUUUAUAUUAUACAUUAGACUCGACCCUCAUUAAAUUCAUGUUUGCGUAGAAAAAUUGACACUGAUUUAUGGGUGGGAGGGCCUGAAUUAAAUUUCACCAUUUCGGCGUCAAUUUUUUUACAAAAUGCAUCCUAUCAUGCUCGCUUUAUAGUAGAAAAAGUCCCUGGUAAUCUGAUUUACCUUGCGUGUGGUAAAUUGUGUUUAAUGCUGUUGAAGAUUUAAGAUGUUUUUAGUAAAAUAUACGUUAAAAGAAGUAAAUUAAGGCUAUUAACAAAACGCUGUUUUAAAGUGAAAAAUGUAUGUUUUAGUACUAAUUUCAUAGAGCGUUUAAAUAAAAAGCUCUUUAAUUUUUGUCUUUAUUUUCAGUGUUUUUUCCUUCAAGAUACAAAAGAAUCGGACGAGGUCUGAUUGAGCUAAACUUGGAAAAUUUUAGUCAAAGUUGUCGUAUAUUUUACUGAAAAACCUCAACAUUUUCAAAUCAUUCCAAUAAUCUUAAACAGCUUCAGUAAGCGACAUUUACCGUGAAUUACUGAAGUUCCCAAAUAGUACAUUCCUAACUUAUGAAGAAAAAGAGGAGAAUGCUCAAUAUCUACUUUAAAAAAGCGUUAAGCAUUCUGUAUCUUCAACCCGGAAUAAACGCCUAAUUUUUGUGCUGGUAGGAAUGCAGCAAGUAUCACUUUUUUCCCUAAAAGUCGAAAACUUUUUGAAGAUGAUUGAUUUGGAUUUGGAUGGUUACAAAUUCCUUGCUCUUAUGGUUGACUCACCAACCAACUGCGCACAAAAGUCUCAACAUCUUGAUCAUGGUCAAAUCGCAAUUCAUCACAGGAUGGCAAAUCUGGACUGUAUGGAGGCUGCUCAAGGAUUUUCCAAUGCAUAUUCUCCAGUUUUGGUCACGGGUUACAAACAGCACCGGUAUUAUCACGAAAGAUACUUGGACGUCGAUUAUGAGUUAUUCUUAAAGUUUUUGGCCCUAUCAGUCGUUCAAGUUUUAGACAAGGCAUCAUCCCCCAUACUGAGUCUUCAAGAGUGAACAAUUUACUAUUUUUUUUUAUUUUCGUUUUUUUACUUUAUUUUUGUACAAUUUAACGUUAUAUAAUAGAUAGUGGAAUCUGAUGCUCACUCACUAUCAAACCAUCAACUGACUAAGAGAAACAGCUCACUAAAGGUUUGUCCCACUCUUAAUACACUUCACUGCAAGGACUUGUGAUUGGCUAGGAACAGUACGGUGUCAAUUUUCUCAUCAAUGGAAUAAUAAUUUACUUUAGACGACAAUCGUGGGAAAAAAGGCCUAAUUUCUCAUAAUUCUAGUAAUUUUCCUUUACAUUUGACCUAAAUCCAAUGACACCAUCCCAAAGGUCCUACUUCUUGUAUUUCCAGAAAUGUUGAGGGGAUUUUAGAAUUAAAGUAAAAAUGAAUUUUUCAUACAAGUUGUCUUUCAAGAUUUUUCUUUUUAAAUGUUAGUAAAACAUUUUCUUUACCUUAUUACCAAAAUAUUUAUAAUAUGAGCAAAUUUUAAGUUUCAAAAUUAAUUCGUCAAUGUGACUUCCAUUUCGGUUAAAUCACUCCUGCUAAAGACAACUCAGGAGUAAUUUCACUCUUGCCGUAUUUUCUGGUUUAAUUUCCGUAAUUUCUAGGUUUAUUGGCAUAAACUGUACUUUUAAUGUAUCCCCAUAAAACAAAUCUAAUGCGGUCAGGUCGGGAGACCCACCUGGCCAGUUUAUAUCUUCAAAUUCACCAAAAUUUUUUGAAGCCUACAUUCCACACCACACCAUUACUUUUGGGCUAUGGAGUGGAUUUUCGUAUUUUUACGUUUAGAUUCUUUGAUGCCCGCUUACGAUAAUGUUGGAACAGAACCUAAUUAAACCAGUCGUUUGGGAAAAAAAUUGUCUAUCAUAUUUUCAACAAAAGAAAUCCGAUGUCGAAGUCAUUUGUGUAUAAUUUGGAUUAUGCAGUGCGUAAACUUUAAAUGUCUUUUUAAAAUUGUUCUGUGAUCCACUUGGAUUGCAAAUUACCAAAAUCGCAAAAUUCUCAAGAGCAAUUGGACCACCACGGAGUAUCAAAUUUAUUGAUGUUGAUGUGUAUAAUUGUGGGUGAAGAUGUUUCCCUAAAUCUCCUCACACGCCUAAUUUUGAAGUGUGCACAAAACCUUUAUCUUGCAAUUGUAUUCCAGACAUUGCUCUUGGUCAACGCUCCAUUUUUACUAAAUAAUCUGCACUGAUUCACUAUUGGACGACGCUACGUUGCACUAUUAUAAGAUAAUCGAGGUUAAAAAGAGAAAUCCGUCUAGAAGAAAGCAAGAAAACUUUACAAUUUUGAAUGCCACAUUCCUUAAACCUUUAUUCAGCUCACUUCUAAUUUCAAAAUUGUAAGCGGUGUUUUUGAAUCGCCCUGUUAUUCGUGAGUCAACUUAACUUAUCCAGAUGGCGCCGAUUGGUGACUUGUUCUAGAAAAUUUUCCAUGCCUACUUAGACUUGUUUGUAAAAUUGCAUGUGCAGGUCAAGUUUUCUUGUUAAGCUCAUUAAUCAAAUCACGAAUAUUUGAAACGGAAUCAUUAAUUAAAAUCCGAAAUGAGACAAUUAGGGAGUGAUUUCCAAGAAAAAAAUAAAAGACAGACAUACUACAUUUUAUGAGUAAAAGAAGUAAAGAAAAUCAUUUCCCGAUUAACCCUAAUUAUCCUCCCGAAAAAACCACCUUGGGACUAAUUUUUUUUUAAAUAUAAAUUUAAGCCAACGCCGCAAUUCGGCAGCUUUAGCGCUGUUGCUUGUUAUAGUCAUUCCAUUCUACAUUUAUGUCAUCGAUCAAAAAUAUUAUUGUAAGAGCGUAAUUUAAUGACAUUUAUUGAUCAUAAUAUAUUGCAGUAUUUUUAGUUUGUCGUAUUUUAUAUUUUAGUCUUAAAAGGAAUAUUGUGUAAUUUUAUAAUAAUGUGGAUAGUCUUGCGCAUGUUUUUUAAUUAUUUUAUUGAAUCAAUCAUUUAGGUGUUAUGGAUAACCUGUAUGAUCAGAUUUAAUGGGAAAAUGAAAGCAACUAGAUAGGUUACCUGAAUUGUUUUAAUAAUGUAAUCCUGAUGAAAUAGCUCCAUAUUAGUUAAAAUAUAAAGAAAAAUCUAUUUUUUCGAAAGUAUAAAAAAUUGAAAUAAUAUAUGUUUGUUUCAAAAGA